AUGCCUAUCAAGAACUUCGCUAGCCGCCUUGCCCUCUCCCUGGCCGUCUGUGGCACGGCCAUGGGCCAGAAGGUCAACGGAGCUGACUACAACAAGCCAGACGGAGGCCCCCCGGCCAAGUUCUUCCAGGCAUCGAGCUCCAUCCCUGUUGCUGCUAUCCAGGCUGCUGCUGCUAAGGCCAGCAAGGUUCCCUCUGCAGCUACCUACCCUAUCGGCCAGGGCUCUACCAAGUCCACCAUCCACAGCGACUGGGCGGACUUUGCCGAGGCAAAUAACAUCCAACACCUUCAUGACCAGGGUGCCUCCUUCUCCUUCGUGGCUGACAUGGACGUUGACUGUGAUGGACUUAACCAUGGCUGCAAGGGCAACCCUGACGGCCAGGACGAGACGAACUGGGGCGCGCUGUCCGCCUACGAAGUGCCCUUUAUCGUCAUCCCCCAGAAGUUCUUGGAUGCGAACAAGUCCAAGCUCAAGGGCAAUGCUGUCUCUGCCGUGAUCUGCAACGGUAAGAUGUUCUACGGUAUCUUCGGCGACUCCAACGGAGACAGCCUCAGGACCUGCUUCCCCGAGGAGGACUUGAACGGCAACAAGGGCCACACCGCUGCCGAUGUCACCUACAUCGUCUUCACCGGCGACAACGCCGUUCUCCCCAGCAGCGCCCUGAACAAGAACUACAUCACCAACUUCGACACUCUCCGCUCUAUGGGCGACAGCCUGGUUGGCGCCCUGGCCAAGAACCUCAACCUCGGCGGCGGCGGCGGCAACCCGCCCACCACUCUGACGACAACUAGUCUGCCCGAGCCCACAGGCGGGUCCUGCUCGUGGCCAGGCCACUGCGCUGGUGAGGACAACAACUCCCCACCCGACUCUUUCUCCUCUGGAGAAGAAGGACAACAAGACAAAGAAGAAGAAUGA